AUGCAACCGCAAGCCGAUGUCGCAAGAGCCAACCGACGGGAUUCCCUUCUCCUUGUUCCUCCUCUAAAGUCUUCCGCGCGCAACCAGAAGACGUUCGAGAAAGAACCAAACUAUCCUGCUAUACAGAUCUUUCGCAGAUGGUUUAAUAAGCUUAACAGCGACUUUUCCCCUUUACCGAAGGGCACAACCGCGGCCUGCUUUAGGCUUUUAUUUCCGGAAGAGGAUAUACGUCGGAAAUACGACAUGCAAGAAACAAGAUUGGCUGAAUGCCUCGCACAUGUUUUUGGCGUGGACUCGGAGCAGUUUCGAGCCUGGAAUGCGGAAGAAGCGUCGGGUUGUCUUGGACAGGAAGUCAAAAUUGUGUUGCAACGGUCUUGCCAUACAACCGACGGUUUUAUUAGUCCACUGACCAUUGAGCAAGUCGACGAGCUCUUGGAUGAGCUGGCAUCAAAUUCAGGAUACUCCCAUUCCUCCAUCCACUUGAAGUACCCUCGAGGGCGCCGUCGCUCUCGCCAAGCUAUUCUGCGACAAUUGUUUUGCCCCUUACCACCCUUCGAUGCUUCCUGCCUCACCCAAAUUAUCCUCAAAGACCUAAGGCCCAUUAUGUACCCUCUGUCCGAGACUCAUUACGCUGCUUCUCUUAGAGAUUUUAAUAGUGCAGCAGUUAAGAUGCUCACAAAGGAACACGCGAUGAACGUGUGGGAUCCCUCGGGCCUGAUGCGCAAAUCGUUUCAAGUCAGAUCUAGCAUCGAUAUUGCGGCUGGUAAUCAUGAGCUACCUCAUCAUCUGAAACGCAAGUUUGAACCCGAAUUGGGGAUACCUAUCCAGAUACCCAAGUCUGAAAAAGGACGACGCUGCAUAGAUGCUCUGGCCUACUUCUUUCGAUCAAAAAGGGUGUGGGCAGAAACAAAGUAUGAUGGCGAACGAGCACAAAUCCACGUUGUAGUGAAUGCAGACGGUUCAUCUCGAAUAACGAUAUUUAGCAAGAGCAAGAGAGACUCUACGCAUGAUCGCCAUGCUGUGCAUUAUAUUAUCCGCAAAGCCCUCGGUCUCCCUAGUGAUUAUACGCACUCUAAAAUAACGGCCGGAAGUAAAAUCAAACACAACGUCAUACUCGAUGCGGAAAUGGUCGCUUUCAAUGGGACCCAAGUUGAUGAGUUCUGGAGAAUAAGAAGGCUGAUCGAGAAUACUGCACAUGGUAUUCGUGGAGUUGGUAAGGGUACAAGGGUAACAGAAUACCAAGACGAGCCUAUUUCACAAACCUCGAUGCUAAGUGAUGAUUCUGAAGCGCGUCAACUUGGGCUCGUUUUCUUCGACGUGCUGAUGUUGGACUCCAAGUCCUUGCUUUCCAAAUCCUAUUCUGAACGGCGCGACAUUCUCGAAUCUCUGAUUUCUGUAACUCCGGGGGAAGCCAGACUGUCCGAGCGUUUUCCGAUCGAUAUGAAUGGCUCACAUCCUCCUGCUCGUCUUCGCACCAUUUUCGCCCGGCACAUUGCCACCCAUCAGGAGGGCUUGGUUCUCAAGUGCGAUGAAUCAAGAUAUAACGAUUACCGCCUACCCUGGGUGAAGUUGAAAAGAGAUUAUAUCCCCGGCUAUGGCGACGCGUUAGACUUGGUUAUACUCGGCGCUAGCUGGGAUAAAAAGCGGGCUUACGAGUUGCGCGUUUCGCCAACAGUACUCACUACUUUUUACGUGGGGACGGUUCAGAAUGCUCGUGAUCGCCGAUUAAAUCCUUCCAUCCGCCCGCAUUUUCUCGUCUACUUUACAGUGUCGUAUGGCCUAAGCCGUGCUCAUCUCGAAGAUUUAAAUUUCCUCAUCAGAAGCUUGGACCCGAUAUCCUUCUCACCGUCUAUGGAUACCAAAAAACUUGCAUUCACAUUCACUCUCUUUCCUGGCCUGCAACCACCUCCAUCUGUGAUCUUCCCAACACCUCUCCUUGCCGAAUUGUUUGGUGCUGGCUUCACAAAAAGCCCUGCUAGUCCCCAUUACGAACUUCGAUUUCCACGAAUAACCAAAGUCCAUCGGCCCAGUGAACGCGGCUGGGAUGAAUGUGUUGAUUUGGAGACACUACACAAGAUUGCCUGUGAGUCCGUCGGUAGAGAUGGGACCGACAAGGAAAUCCGAGAUUGCGUCAAUGCAAUAUGGGGGCAACCAGCUUCGCCCGGGGUAAAAUCUUCUUCAACACUGCAGGCUCGGAUAGACGAGUGGGAGGUAAAGCUGGCAAUUUUGGAUGGGGAGGAACCAUCGGUGUCAUACAUUCCCGAUUCUCCCACAAAGCCCGCGAAAAGGAGACGGACAAGCCCGGACUCGCUGGAUGACGUUCUCAGUCAACCUUUGGGUGUCAAAACCAACGUGGUUGGCAUUACGGAAGGGAAACAUGCGUUGGAUCCACCCAAAUCUUCGUCUCAGAUAUCGCAGAAUAGACGAUACCUGCCAAGUCCUUUCAGCUCGCCUUGCAGGCCUGCUUCCAGAAAUGCAUUUCCAUCAAGAGCCGGUGUGACAUUUCCGAUUAGGACGUCACUUGCGAAGAAACCGUCGUGCAUGGAGGAACUAUUGGACCAAGUGCUUGUGUGGUUUGUAGGUCGCAGGGGUCGCUGUCCUUCCUGUUCUUCAUGGAAGAAAAUGAUCCCAAAGGGGCGACGAAUACACUCCUUUGAAUCUCUCCUUGCUGCGUGUGGCUGGAAGGACGGUGUACCUGGCGUACCCUGGAUUCAGAGGGGCAUCAUCAUCGUGGAUGGUCACGAUGAGAACGGAAAGGACGGGGUCCAAAAACAAUUGGAACUCUGCCACAAGAGUAUGACGAGCUCGCAAAGGGAGGACCGGAAAGGGGUUUGGAUGUUCAAAUGCGGGGCCAUGAGGGAUGCGAUCUGUCUAAUGGAAUAA